ACACCCACACCCCACACCCACACCCACACCCACACCCACACCCUGAAAUUUAUACUGUAGAUAGCUAGAAUAGAGUGCUACACAAUGAGAUGUUGACCGACUCAAACGGUCUUUCCUUUCUCGAAUUAUGAGUUUCACAAGGGAUAUGACUACUACCUAUUAUAACUCCGUUCCAACUCGAGCAAUUAUGACGGAGCUUGUGCCUGCGAUCAGCAUUCAUCAUAGGGUAUAUGCAUACAAAAUUUCAGCUGUCUAGCUCUUAUUAUGAGUGAAGUUCAGGGGGGUGAGGGACUUUUGGCCAGCACUGUAUAUGUAUGAGCCGCUUAAUCAAACAUCACACUUAGUGUUCGCCACCACUCUUGCUGUUCUCCUACAAAACACCUUUUGGCCUACUCUAUCAAUAGAAACAUGAUUUCAAUUAUAAUAGCUAUUGCAAUCAGCUUUUAGUCGGUGAGAAAGACGAAUAAAAAUGGCCCAGGGUUAAAUAGUUUGCUUUCACGAUGUGCGCUGAUUUUCCUAUAUUUUCAGAGAGUCAUUUGAUCAUGGCCAAAUAGAUGAAUUAGAAAAGCAACAAUUUUUCUUUUCCGUUCCAACUCGAGCGGAAGCAUGGAAUUGGAAGAGAAAUGUAUCGAUGUCGUCGUUGUAAAGAAUACAAAGCGCUAGUUUUUCACGGAAAAUGGCAAUGUUUGAUUUGUUGACUGGCAUUCCUCCGAUCUCAAAAACUGUUGAGCAAAACUUAUUUUUUUACCCAGUCCAGUACAAUUCGAACACGACAAAUUUCACUUUUUUCUACAGAAAACUUGCGUGUGGUUACAAUUCUAUUUCUUCAUUGCUCUCACGACGGCAUCACUGUAAAAGAAACAUUUAUAACAUUCAUUGUCAAAGUGCCGAAGAUACACGAACAUAUUAUUGUUCGUGAAUCAGUGAAAAAAACACAAAACUGAUGACCACCAUGGUGUCAUCUGGCGAGAACAGCACUAUAACAGAUGCUGUCUCCUCCAAUAGUGCAAACCCUACGAAUCAAACAAGAAAAUCACGCUUAUGCAUCAAUCAAAACUUUAUUAUCGUUUGUCUCUGUAAAAAUGUAAACGAAUCUGAUACAAAUUAUCUCAGUGCUAUCGAUGAUCUUCGAUGUAUAGUAUACUCCAUUAAUACAUUUAGUGAUGCUGAUAUGUGUAUUGACUUUCUCACUAAUAUUCAAGACCAAGGAAUCAUUAUGAUUAUUUCGAACGAAUUUGCACAACAGAUUGUAUCUUUCAUCCAAGACUUAGUUCAGAUCAACUCAAUCUAUGUUCUAUGUGACUGUAAUCCUGAGUCUGAGCAUGCAGUGAAGACAUACAACAAAGUAAGAGGAGUUUUCGAUCAGAUGCAACUCCUAUGUCGUGCAAUCAAGCAAGAGAUUGAGCAGCAUGACAGAUGUUCGAUUUGCACUAGUAUUAUUCCGUCGGUCUCUCAUACCGAUCUUGAUUUGAAUCGUAUUGAUCCAUCAUUUAUGUAUUCCCAGUUGCUCAAAGAGAGUCUUCUCGAAGUCGAACAAGAUGAUACCAUAGCAAAGAAAGAUUUCGCUGAGUUUUGCCGUGCUCAAUAUGUUGUUGACGACAUCCGCCUCAAGAUGAUCAAUGAUUUUGAGCACGACUAUCAUCUGCAUUCACCGAUUUGGUGGUAUACGAAAGAAGGGUUUAUCUAUUCUAUGCUCAACCGAGCUUUGAGGACAUUAGAUACUCAAAUAAUUAUGAAGAUGGGUUUCUUUUUGAAAGCUCUACAUCAACAGAUCGAACGUGUCCAUACAAAAUCAAUGCAAAACUCUCAAAUGAUGACUGUUUAUCGAGGUCAAGGCAUGUUAGAAGACGAUUUUAAGACGAUGAUCAACAGCAUUGGAGGUCUGCUGUCGUUCAACAACUUCCUAUCAACAAGUAGGCAUCGAGAAGUUUCCCUCAGGUUUGCCGAGAGUGCACAAGAAAGCGUAGAUGAUCUCAUCGGUAUUCUGUUUGAAAUGAAAAUCCAACCUGAUAUUGCCUCAACUCCUUUUGCUUCAUUGGAAGAGAUCAGUCAGUUUCCAGAAGAAAUGGAAGUUCUCUUCUCAAUGCAUACUGUAUUUCGUAUUGAUAAAAUACUACCUAUCAAGGAUCGAAUCUGGCAUGUGGAGUUGACACUGACGUCAGACAAUGAUCAACAACUGACUUGUCUCACUGAUUACAUCCGACAGCAAAGCGGAAAACAUCCUGGAUGGUACCGAUUCAGCCAUAUGCUGGUUCGAAUGGGCAAGUUCGACCAGGCAGAAGAAGCUUACCAGAUAUUGUUCGCUUCGACGUCUGACAACGAUUUCACGAAAGUUGUUAUCAUUUAUCAUCAGCUUGGAUAUAUUAACAAAAUGAAGGGUCAUUACGCACGUGCCCUCUCCUAUUAUCGAAAGGCGUUGGAUAUAAGAGAGAAAUAUUUUCCUCUCAGUCAUCCAUCAUUGGCCGACACCUAUUGCAAUAUCGGUGCAGUACAUGAUUCGAUGGGAGAGUAUUCGAGUGCACUCUGUUUUUAUCAGAAAGCACUAGCCAUUCGACAAAAAUCUCUUCCUGUUGAUCCUCCUAAUCUAGCUAUCAUCUAUGGCAACAUCGGUGGAGUCCAUAUGUCGUUAAGAGAAUACGAUAUGGCGCUUUCUUUCUAUGAGAAAUCACUUGCUACUCAAAAAAUAUCUCUCCCUCUCAAUCACCCUGAUCUAGCCGUUACUUAUAAUAAUAUUGGUACAAUUCAUCGACGGAUGGGAGCCUAUGACAAAGCACUCGCGUGUUAUGAAAAGACGCUCGAAAUUCAAAAAAGAUGUCUGCCACUUGAUCAUCUUGAUCUAGCCUCCACCUAUAGCAACAUCGGUUGCAUCCAGGAAGAGAAAAGUAAUUACUCGGAUGCACUUUCGUAUCAUAAAAAAGCCCUUCUAAUCUACAAGAAGUCUCUUCCUGGCAAUCAUCCUGAUACAGCCAAUACAUAUACCAGCAUCGGUCUUGUCCAACGGCGUAUGGGAAACUAUCCAAAGGCACAAUUCUUCUGUCAGAAAGCGCUUGAAAUUCAGGAGAAAUCUCUUCCUCCUACUCAUCCUAAGCUAGCUGCUGUCUACGACAAUCUCGCUGCGGUUUAUCAAGAGAUGAAAGAAUAUUUGAUUGCACUGUCGCUGUAUGAAAAACUACUGGACAUUAAAGUAAAAUCUCUCCCGUCUAAUCAUCCUGAUCUAGCUACUACUUACAGUAAUAUUGGCUUAGUUCAUCAACAUAUGAACAAUUAUUCAGAUGCACUGCUGUUCUAUCAAAAGGCGCUUGAAAUUGACCUAAAACAGAUGCAUCCUAAUCAUCGUCAUCUAGCUGCUACCUACCACAAUAUCGCUGGAGCGUAUAAUUCACUAGGUGAACACUCACGUGCACUUUCCUUGUAUGAAAAAGUAAUCAACAUUCAACAAAAAUAUCUUCCCCCCAAUCAUUCUGAUCUGGCUAUCACUUACAGUAAUAUCGCCAAUGCACAUGAGAAUCUCCAUCAACUACAUUUAGCUAUGGAGUUCGCACAGCGCGCCCUCAACAUCUUUCUUCAAUCACUUGGACCGAAUCACCCUUAUACGUUGACCAUCCAGACUAAGCUUCAGCAACUUCAGAAAAAAAUUAGAAAUACUGUGAUGUCACAAAGCUGAAUCUCUUUCGAACGGUUUAGUCGAUUUUUCGGCUCGAAACUUUCAAUUAUAUUCCAAAGAGUUGUCGCCUCCGGUGUAGAAAUAUAAAAUAAUGCAUGAAUUGGGUGCGAGUGUGGGUGUGAGUGUGGGUGUGGGUGUGAGUGUGGAUGGGAUGUGGGUGCGGAUGUGUGGGUGUGAGGUGUGUGUGGGUGUUGAUGUGAGUGUGUGGGUGUGGGGUGUGGAUGUGAGUGCGCGUGGGUGUAGGGUGUGUCUGGGUGUAGGGUGUGUCUGGGUGUUGGGGUGGGGGUGUGAGUGUCAGUCUUAUUUUCUUCUGCAUCCACACCCACACCCACGCCCACACCCACACCCACACCCACACCCCACACCUACACCCACACCCUCAAGCUUCUUUUUUUCUUCUUUUACAUGAUUUGUAUCUGACCGUCAAGAUCAAUAUAGCACGUGAUCUGUUCGUUCAAAUACGUAUAUAAAUAUAGACGUAUAACCGUUACUUAUUCAUUUAUAAUUACAGCAAUAUUUCAAGAUAGUCGAUAUCAUUUUGAAAAGGCAUCUAUCAAUUAUCUUUUUCUAUUGGACGUAAAGGGGAAACAAUCAUUUGUUUUCAAAGAAUUGCAUUUGUCACCAACAUUUAUUUUUCGUUUGUAGAAAUUUUUUCUGAUGGAGAUCAACUCAGAAGAUCCAAGUAAUUUGUUUUUCAGUCAUAUUGUUGCUGAUUUAGGUAGUAUUGAUCGAUAUCUAUAAUAUUCUUUUUUUUUAGUCACAUAUUUGUUUUAGAGCCAUCGCCGCAUACAGUAAGGCAAAGACGAUGGAGACAACAUCGAAAACACACGCUCAACUCCACUCACCUACGUUUACCUCUUCCAACUGUAGAACAAGUUGUAAAUAAUUUAUUUUAACUGCACUAUUUUAAGGUAAAAUCUUUAUAUUUUUCCAUGUGUCUGUAGAUUGAAAAAGAUUUGUAUUUAUCAUCUCGUCAUGAAAAUUUUGAAGAUAAUUCAAUUAUUGAAAAUAAUAAUUAUGAAAAUACUUUAAUUACUAAUGAUGAUAAUUAUGAAGACAAUUUAAUCGAUGAUGAUAACUAUAAUCUUAAUGUAAAUCUAGAUGAUGAUGACGACGACGAACUUUGA